AACAUCAGAAAGAACGCAUGGCCCUGCCAUAGAUUCGAUGCUAGAGAAAAUUCUCUUCAGGGAUGUUCGGGCUGUUGUUGUUGUUGUUGUUGCUGAGACGCAGCACAGAAUCGCCGAGCCAAACAUCCUUUGUCAAUACAAAAUACGUACAACAAAUCAAAUAAAAGCACGACAACAACAUCAACAACAACAACAAACCGAAUGGCAACAAAGACAAAAGUCAAAAGUGCAAAAACAAAAGCAAAACCCACCAAGCGCCCCCAAAAUGCAAGCCGAAUCCUGGAACGGAAACGGGAACGGGCAACGAGAACGAGAACGGGUCCAGGAUCAGCGCAUGCGCCCAACUGGCGAAUCUCACGAAGCGGGGAAACCCACUGGCCUCUGCUUGUGUGCACGUACAUGGACAUGGCUGGGGUUGAUGUUGGGGUUGGAAGGGCGCAUAGGAAAUGUUGUUACAAACGUCGGAUAAAAUGGCGUUGCCACGCUUUGGGGGCGCACCCACACACAAGCACACUCACACGCACACACACACACAGAUAUUUCUCCUCCAUUUUGAGAAAAUUUCCUGCUUCGAGCACAGCAGUCGAUAGCCACGUCUGGCCGAACUGAGCAAAUGAUUUUUAACAAAUUUCAUUAACAUCAGAGGUCCGUAAUCAUUCAAGCAUCGCGUUUCGUAACUGGCCUGACGAUACCUUUCACGCUGGCCACUCUCAGCCAUUCGAAAGAUAUCCCGAUGCAUAUUUACCUGCAGUUCACCUGGCGCGACCUCCAAUAACAUUCAUAAAACAGCGUGAAAAGUGCCGUCAAGAGCAACGCAAAAAAAAAACGUGUUUCAAUUUAAAACUGACGAAUUAGAACAAUAUUAAAAGUCGGCUCAGACCUGCGGACAGUUUGUGCUUGUGAACAUUUGGUGGCUGCGAGAAACCAUCAAAAUGAUCGACGAACAGCAUCCCAUGCAAAUAGGCCUAUUUCCAAUGGACAUCAAAUGUCAACAGCAACAGCAGCAGCAGCAGCAUCCCCACCACCAGCAUCACCAACAGCACCAGCAGCAGCAGCAGCAUGUAACUGGAGCUGGACACACGCAGCAGCCGGCCGCAGGACCCAUUGCAAUGGGGCACAAUCAACUGCUGUUGCACGGAAAUGAGCGCAUGUUAACAACAACAACUACAACAGCAACAACAGCAACAGCGUCCUGUCAGCCAACAGCCAGCAAGACAGCAGCAGGAGCUGCAGGAACAUCAGCAGGAGCUGGCGGCUCCGGCAACUCCCACAAUGACAAAAUGGCGUCAGCCAGCCGAAAUGUCAACGGAAGUUGUAUCAACCACAGCAGCAGCAUGGCCACCGCACAACAACAAGCUCUGACGAUGACAAUGACUAGACAGGGACCGGGGCCGGGUCCGCCAAUGCAGCUGAGCCAACGCGUCACCUUGGGCGAAUGCAGUCUCAAUGACUUGGAGGGCUUUUCGGCUCCCACGGCGCCGCCGACAUCCUCAACAGCACCGCACACACCGCAAGCGCCUCAACUGCAGCAGCAGCACACGGUCAUGGGCAUGGCCAUGGGCGGGGAUGUGGGCAUGAGCAUGGGCAUUAGCAUGGGUCCAGCGCUCAACCAGUGCACCUUCUGCUGCCAACCAAUUUGUGAUCGUUAUAUCAUGCGCGUGGUGGACAACUCGUUUCACGAGGGUUGCCUCAAGUGCACCGCCUGCUCGCUGCAUCUGGUGCACUCCUGCUAUGCGCGGGACGGCAAGCUCUACUGUCGCAUUGACUACGAAAGACUCUACUUGCGUAAUCGUUGCCUUGGCUGCGGCCAUAAAAUUGCCGCCGAUGAACUUGUGAUGCGCUCACAGGAGAAUAUCUUCCAUCUGAAGUGCUUUGCCUGCGUCGUUUGCGGGGCGCUGCUGAAGAAGGGCGAGCAGUACGUGGUCAAGCAGGGACAGCUCUUCUGCCGCUUCGACUAUGAGAAGGAGGUGGAGAUGCUGCAGGGCUACGAUUAUUAUGGUGAUGACCUGUUCCCACCUAAAAUGGACGGAAGACGGGGCCCCAAGCGACCCCGUACCAUACUAAACACCCAGCAGCGACGCGCGUUCAAGGCGUCCUUUGAAGUAUCACCCAAACCCUGUCGAAAGGUGAGAGAGAAUCUGGCCAAGGACACAGGAUUGAGUCUAAGGAUUGUGCAGGUCUGGUUUCAAAAUCAGCGCGCCAAAGUUAAGAAAAUACAGAAAAAGGCCAAACAGGAGCCGCCGGCCAAGGGUGUCAGCGACUCGCACUCGCAGGACUCACAGGAGUCGCAUGACAGCAGCUUGACUGCCAAAAUCAAGGACGAAGCACACAGUGAUAGCGAGUCGCAACAAGAGUCGCCAUUCUCCACAAACUCUGACGGACUGACGAGGCUGCGUUGCAACAUCAAGGACGAACAGGAGCAGGGCACUUUAAGCUGCAUGGAGACCAACAAGGAAAACUGUAACAAGAAUAGUGAGCCCAUCCUGAACACCAUUCUUGGACUGAGCUAUGCCACCUUUCAGCAGCUGAUGGGUCCCUUCACGCAAACGCCAAUGAUCAAUCCGAUCGAUCGGCUUUACAGCAUGCAGAGCUCCUAUUUCAGGCCCGAAGAGCUGGGCGCCUACGGCGAAUGCGGCGGUGGCAGCAGCAAGGAAUCCAUGGACCACUAGUCUCGCCAGCAGAAUGCAACAAUUUUAAGCCAAAAUCAAAAUUAGUAUUUGUAAAAUAAACAAAAUGUUAAUGUGCUAAAAACUCGCUUGAAAUA